AAAGGGGGUGGGUCCUGUGACGUCAGCGAGUCCAAACCUACUGAAAGAAGCUAGGGGUCGGAGUCAGGCACGGAGCCGGGAGGGCCGGGACGGAGAUCCGCGCCAGGAGAGGACACAGCGGGAACCGGCCGGAGAGCCGGGGCCCCUCAGGCACCUGCUCGUUUGCCCAGUCGAUUGGCGCACGCAGAGCCACACGCAGGCCCCUGCCCGGCCUCAGUCCCUCCCCGGGCCCCCCAUGGCCCGGGCCGCAGCCCUCCCGCCGUCGAGAUCGUCUCCGACGCCUCGGUUGCUGCCGCUGCUGCUGCUGCUGCUGCCGCUCAGAGAAGCCGGAGCCCAGGAUGGGCAAGUUCAAAUGCCACCCGAGGUGCGGGGCCUGUUGGGGGACACGGUGAAGCUGCCAUGCCACCUACUGUCACAAGGCCCUAAAGUCAACGUCUCGCAGGUGACGUGGCAGCGCCUGGACCCAUCCGGGAAAACCCAGAGCGUGGCUGCCUUCCAUCCGUCCCAUGGUCUCAGCUUCCCCAGCCCACAGUUCAGCAGCGAGCGGCUGUCCUUCCUCGCCAUGGGGCUGGGGCCCGGGGCCCGGCCCAGCCCAGAAAUGCAGGACGCCACACUGGUCCUCCAGGGGCUGAGAGUGGAGGACGAGGGCAACUACUCCUGCGAGUUUGCUACCUUCCCCCAGGGCACCAGUCGUGGGGUGACCUGGCUUCGAGCCAUCGUCCAGCCCCACAACCAGGCGGAUGCGCAGGAGGUCACCGUCGGCUCCGAGCCGGUGCCCGUGGCCCGCUGUGUCUCCACUGGGGGCCGCCCGCCCGCCCGGAUCUCCUGGUUCUCACCCCUGAACGGAGAGGCCAGGGAGAGCGAGGUGCCCGGGCCCGCGGUCGGCACAGUCACGGUCACCAGCCGCUACACCUUGGUGCCCUCGAGCCAAGCAGAUGGUGCCAAGGUCACCUGCAAAGUGGAGCACGAGGCCUUCAAGGAGCCAAACCUGCUGCCCGUGACCCUCUCCGUGCACUAUCCCCCCGAGGUCUCCAUCUCUGGCUAUGAUGACAACUGGUACCUCGGCCGCACUGAAGUCACCCUGAACUGUGACGUCCGCAGCAACCCGGAGCCCACAGAAUACGUCUGGAGCACGACGUCAGGCGACUUGCCAGCCUCAGCAAAAGGCCAGGGCCCCGAGCUGAUCGUCUACUCGGUGGACAGACUGGCCAACACCACCUUCGUCUGCACCGUCAGCAACGCCCUGGGCAUGGGCCGCGCCGAGCAGGUGGUCCUCGUCCGAGAGUCCCCCAACACAGCAGGUGCAGGGGCCACGGGCGGCAUCAUCGGGGGCAUCAUCGCUGCCAUCAUUGCUACUGCUGUGAUUGCCACAGCCAUCCUCAUCUGCCGGCAGCAGCGGAAGGAACAGAGGUUGCAGGCGGCAGAGGAGGAGGAGGAGGACCUGGAGGGGCCUCCCUCGUACAAGCCGCCCACACCAAAGACAAAGCUGGAGGAGCCAGAGAUGCCCUCCCAGCUCUUCACUCUUGGGCCUUCGGAGCACAGCCCACUGAAGACCCCCUACUUCGAUGCUGGCAUCUCCAUCGCUGAGCAGAUAGGAACUCAGGAAAUGCCUCGGUACCAUGAGCUACCCACCUUAGAAGAGCGACCGGGGCCCUUGCUCCUGGGGGCCACAAGCCUGGGGUCCCCCAUCCUGGUGCCUCCAGGGCCGCCUGUUGCAAAGAGGAUUUCCUUGGACCUAGAAGAUGAGGAUGAUGAGGACGAAAACUACCUGGACAAGAUCAACCCCAUCUAUGAUGCCCUGUCCUACUCUAGCACCUCUGAUUCCUACCAGGGCAAAGGCUUUGUCAUGUCCCGGGCCAUGUAUGUGUGAGCCACCAUGGCCCUGGCCUCUCACCUCUCUGAUCCCUCAACUUGCUGCCAGGGGUCUUAGUGUCCCCUGACCUCUGACCCAGCCAGCCACACGCAUGUCAUCUGUGACUUCUACCUUGGUGGGUCCACUAUGACCUCUAGCCCAUGAUCUCUGACCCAGAGAAAAUGGCCAUGACAGUGGAAACCUGGCAACCUUAUCUCAUGUGUUGGAAAGGGUAGGGUAUGUAUCUGCACAACCUCUGACCCAAGCACUCCUAAGAUGGCAACCUUAGUUCACACCUCUCAUAUCCCAAAAUCUCCAGUCUCCUCCCAAAUCCUUUCAAAGACCCUAGCCUCUGAUUUGUCCUCAGGCAUUAAACUCCCAACAGCUCUGCUG